CAUUCUGUGUUAGCAACGACAUUUUCGCCAACUUUAAGUCAAAAACAUACAUACAACACAGUUUUUUACUUAAAGUAAAUGUCGAAUAUUAUCCUUCUAUGUGUGUGUUCACAGCCGUCACCCUGUCAUCCACAUUAUAGCGGAUAGUUAUAGAGUUUUCCCAAACCAACAUCCCCCUCUCCUCCCUCUUUAAAGUGGUGCGCGCCGUCUCGCUGCCAUGUUGGAUGUACGCAUCGCCGCUGCAGCCGCUGGAGUUUCCGAUUGAAAGUUGAGCGUUUGUCCGUCUAAAGACACAGAACGGGUCUUUAUUUUUAAUUUAACAACAUAAAGAAGAGAUAAGGUCCUUUCUUAAGCAGGUGCAAGCCCGGGAAACACUCCCCGUCUUCCUUCGCCGCCGCCCUCCAGCCCGGAGUCGGACUCAGCCAGCGGAGAUGAUCCGGCUGCAGGCCACAAGGACCGGAGCCCGCAUGGAUUUUGUGUAAUUAACAGUGUUUGCUCAGCCCGACCGGGUAUUACCACAUCGUUUCGGGGUUUAAUUAGAAGAAUUUGGAGCCAUGAACAGCCACCCGCCGCCCCGCAGGGCUGCUAACGUCGGCUCCAUCCUCUUGACCCCGCAGGAGAACGAAUGCCUGUUCGGUUACCUGGGCAGGAAAUGCGCCACUCUGUGUUCGGCGGUGGUCCAGGUCUACAUGGCCGAGAGGAGCUGCAGCUGGGUGAAGAGAUGCUGUGGAGUCGCCUGUCUGGUCAAAGACAACCCACAGAGGUCCUACUUCAUCAGAGUGUUUGACAUCAAGGAAGGGAAAACCAUGUUUGAACAGGAACUGUACCACAACUUCACCAUCAGCAGCUCCAGAUCCUACUUCAUCUCGUUUGCAGGAGAUGCCUGUCAGGUCGGUCUGAACUUUGCUAGCGAGGAAGAAGCCAAACGAUUCCGAGUUGCCAUCAACGACCUGCUCAACCGACGGCAACGUAAAACCGACAAAAGAGGUGACCCUAAAAAUGGUCCGGCUCUGCCACACAUGGCCACAGUGGACAUCAAGAACCCGGAGAUCAACAAUGUCCGCUUCCACAACUCCCACAGCCACCAGCAGCAGCCGUAUCACAUCAACAACAUGCUGAGCCAUGGCGGCCUGGCCCGAAAGGACAAGAAGACCAAAGGCAAGAAGAAGAAGCUGACCAAAGCCGACAUCGGCACUCCCAGCAACUUCCAGCACAUCGGUCACGUGGGCUGGGAUCCAAACACAGGUUUUGAUCUCAACAACCUGGACCCUGAACUGAAGAACCUGUUCGACAUGUGCGGCAUCUCUGAGGCUCAGCUGAAGGACCGAGAGACGUCCAAGGUCAUCUACGACUUCAUCGAGAAGAAAGGAGGCGUGGAGGCCGUGAAGAACGAGCUGAGGAGGCAGGCUCCCCCUCCACCUCCCUCCCGUGGAGGCGCCCCUCCUCCUCCUCCCCCCCCACACAGCUCAGCUCCACCCCCUCCUCCUCCUCCCCCGUCCAGAGGGGGUCGGGGAGCCCCUCCUCCCCCUCCUCCUUCCCGAGCCCCCGCCUCAGCUCCUCCUCCCCCGCCUCCCUCCAGGCCAGGAACUCUGGGUGCUCCGCCUCCCCCGCCUCCUCCCACCAGAGGAGGAGGAGGAGGCCACCAGCCACCUCCCCCUCCCCACCAUCACCACCACCAGCCUCCCCCUCCUCCUCCUUCGUCCUCCUCACACUCCUCCGUCGCCCCCCAAGCCCCGCCUCCUCCACCUCCUCCUUUGGCCCAUCAGUCUCCACAGGGCUCCACCCCCGCCCCACCUCCUCCCCCUCCUCCUCCACCUCCCCCGCCCGGCCCCCCUCCGCCCCCGGAGAUGGACGGCGUCGGGGGAGGCGGAGACUCGCCUCAUUCGCCGAGCCCGGGCGGGAAGUCGGCGCUGCUGGAGCAGAUCAGAGGAGGAGCUCAGCUGAAGAAGGUGGAGCAGAACAACCGAGCGCCGCCUUCCAGCACCGGACGAGACGCCCUGCUGGACCAGAUCCGACAGGGAAUCCAGCUCAAGACCGUGUCGGAUCUUCCAGACUCCGGCCCUCCGACGCCGGCGCCCACCGCGGGCAUCGUCGGCGCUCUCAUGGAAGUGAUGCAGAAGAGGAGCAAAGCCAUCCAUUCCUCAGACGAAGACGAGGAUGAUGACGAAGACGAGGACUUCGAGGACGACGACGAGUGGGAUGACUAGUGAAUAUCUCUCGCCUCAUCCCCCCUUCUACCCCCACCAACCCCCCCCCCCCCACCACCACCACCGCUGACACUAAAAUAUCUUCUAAAAAUCUUCCAGAAUCUGACUAAAAUUGUAAUGUAAAUGUAUGAAUUUGCUGUAUAUUUAUUUUUGCUUUUUUUUUGUUUUUAUUAUAAUUAUUAUUAUUAUUAUUAUUACAAUUAAUCUGUGCAAUACCUCAUCCGUUAAAUCUGUAAUGAUCGUCACACACCUUCGUCGUUAAAGACCUCCCCCCCCCCCCCAUGGGAACAUCAUCAUCAUCAUCAUCAUUAGAAAAAGCACUUAACAGCAUCAUCAGCACAAUGUAGAGACGCAGCCGUCUACAUUUGUCAAUAUCAAUAAUCAAUAAUCAUAUAAAAACACUAGCUGCUCCACAGAGAGAGAGAGGGAUCGUGUACAAUGCUUCUUGGGGAGAAUAUUUUGUGUGUGUGUGUUCAUUCCUUCGUGUUUUCAUUCCUCUUGUCUGGAGAAACUGAUAAAAAAAAGGGAGACGUUAUGUUGCGACCAAACAGGCAGGAUCCUCUUUGUGUUUGAUUGGACGGUCGGUUUAAAUGCGAGAUAACACUAUUUUCUUACUGUGCUUCUUUUUCGUACCUUUCGAGUUUCCUAAUAAUAAAUCGUAGUUUUAGCCACGUUAUUUUUUCAUAAAGAAACAUCCAUUGACCAAAACGAGGACGAGGAGGAGGAGGAGGAGGAGGAGGAGGGGCCGGGGGCGCCUCACGUGAUUCUUCAACUUUUUAUUUUUUAUGUAAUUGAGGCGGUUUAUUUGCACACGGUUUCUACGAUAGUUCAUGUUUUUUUUGGGGGGUGUGUUUGUCAAAUAUAACUUUUGUUUUAUUUCGGGUAAGUUACAGCGAUGACGGACAUUUUUUAAAAAGCUAAAGGUUUUGUAAUAUUGUGACCUUUUUAAACGGAGGAUACAAACAUGACGCAAAGUUCUUUGGCUUA